CCUCCCGGCCCAGCCCCGCCGACACCGCUACCUCCGCCAGCGUUGCCACCAUCAGCACCACCUCCACCACCACCACUGCCACCGCCACCGCCACCGCCGGCGGCGGCAGCAGCCAUUUCAUCUCCACAGAAACCAGACACAAAAACAUGGCAGAAAUGGAGAAAGAAGGGAGACCUCCGGAAAAUAAAAGGAGCAGGAAGCCGGCUCACCCUGUGAAGAGGGAGAUCAACGAGGAAAUGAAGAACUUUGCAGAAAACACCAUGAAUGAACUCCUUGGCUGGUAUGGCUAUGAUAAGGUUGAAUUGAAAGAUGGUGAAGAUAUUGAAUUCAGGAGCUACCCUACAGAUGGAGAGAGCCGGCAGCACAUUUCUGUUCUCAAAGAAAAUUCUUUGCCAAAACCAAAAUUACCCGAGGACAGUGUUAUUUCACCAUACAAUAUAAGCACAGGCUAUUCGGGGCUUGCCACAGGAAAUGGACUCAGUGACUCACCUGCAGGGUCAAAGGAUCAUGGCAAUGUGCCCAUUAUUGUACCUUUAAUUCCACCACCUUUCAUAAAGCCACCAGCAGAAGAUGAUGUGUCAAAUGUACAAAUAAUGUGUGCCUGGUGCCAGAAAGUGGGGAUCAAGCGCUAUUCCCUGAGUAUGGGAAGUGAGGUGAAAAGCUUCUGCAGCGAGAAGUGCUUUGCGGCCUGCCGACGAGCCUACUUCAAGAGAAACAAGGCUAGAGAUGAAGAUGGACAUGCUGAAAAUUUCCCCCAGCAGCACUAUGCUAAGGAAACUCCAAGGCUUGCCUUCAAGAAUAACUGCGAACUACUUGUAUGUGACUGGUGUAAGCACAUCAGACACACAAAAGAAUAUCUGGAUUUUGGGGACGGGGAGAGAAGGCUUCAGUUCUGCAGUGCAAAAUGUCUCAAUCAGUACAAAAUGGACAUUUUCUACAAAGAGACACAGGCCAACCUUCCAGCUGGGCUGUGCAGCGCAUUACACCCUCCCCUGGAAAAUAAAGCAGAAGGCGCCGGCGUGCAGCUGCUCACGCCAGACUCUUGGAAUAUUCCUCUAACAGAUGCUCGGAGGAAGGCCCCCUCCCCCGUGGCUGCAGCUGGCCAAAGCCAGGGCCCUGGCCCAUCCGCGUCCACCACCGUCUCUCCAUCUGACGCUGCCAACUGCUCCGUCACUAAGAUCCCCACGCCAGUGCCCAAGUCCAUGCCCAUCAGCGAGACUGCCAACCUCCCUCCUGUCUCCGUCCAGCCACCUGCUAGCAUCGGGCCUCCCCUGGGCGUCCCGCCCCGCAGCCCUCCCAUGGUGAUGACCAACCGCGGCCCGGUGCCGCUGCCCAUCUUCAUGGAACAGCAGAUCAUGCAGCAGAUCCGCCCGCCCUUCAUUCGCGGGCCGCCGCACCACGCCUCCAACCCCAACAGCCCUCUGUCCAACCCCAUGCUCCCCGGCAUCGGGCCCCCGCCCGGCGGCCCCAGGAACCUGGGCCCCACUUCCAGUCCCAUGCAUCGGCCCAUGCUGUCGCCCCACAUCCACCCUCCGAGCACCCCUACCAUGCCUGGGAACCCCCCGGGCCUGCUGCCCCCGCCGCCCCCGGGCGCGCCCUUGCCCAGUCUCCCCUUCCCGCCGGUGAGCAUGAUGCCAAACGGCCCGAUGCCCGUGCCCCAGAUGAUGAAUUUCGGGCUGCCGUCGCUGGCCCCGCUGGUGCCACCCCCCACCUUGCUCGUGCCAUACCCCGUGAUCGUGCCCCUGCCCGUGCCCAUCCCCAUCCCUAUUCCCAUCCCUCACGUCAAUGAUUCCAAGCCCCCCAAUGGAUUUUCCAGCAACGGGGAGAACUUCAUUCCGAGCGCCCCUGGCGACUCCUCGGCGGCCGGAGGCAAGCCCGGCGGGCGCUCCCUAUCCCCCCGGGACUCCAAGCAGGGCUCCUCCCAGCUGCCCGCGCCCCCCAAGAAGCUGCUGUCCCCCGAGGAGCCCGCGGUGAGCGAGCUGGAGUCCGUCAAGGAGAACAACUGUGCUUCCAACUGCCACCUGGACGGGGAGGCGGCCAAAAAGCUGAUCGGAGAGGAGGCCCUGGCGGGGGGCGACAAGUCAGACCCGAACCUUAACAACCCCGCGGACGAGGACCACGCGUAUGCUCUGCGGAUGCUGCCCAAGACGGGCUGCGUGAUCCAGCCUGUGCCAAAACCCGCGGAGAAGACGGCCAUGGCGCCCUGCAUCAUCUCCUCGCCCCUGCUCGGCGCCGGGCCUGAGGACCUGGAGCCUCCGCUCAAAAGGAGGUGCCUCCGAAUUAGAAAUCAGAAUAAGUAAAAGGAGCACUGGCUCACGGGCACCUUGCGUGGAGAGAGGGCGCAGAGCAAGCCAUGGCCGUGACAUCCAAUGGCACCAGCUGCUCAGCUCACCACUCCCUCUGGCUAAAACUCAAGCAAAUAAAGCGGCUUCCCGUCGUUAAGCAUCUCUCUCGGAGGAAGCAGCCUCCCUCGGUGGCCUCCAGCCUAGAGAAGCCGGCUCUCCUCGGACCCAGCCAGCGGGCCCAGCCUUCCUGCUGCCACCGCCUCUGCUUCUCCCCAGAGGAACUUAGGGAUUUCGCCCUCGGUUUUAAAACAACAAAACGCCAACAAGCCACAAGGACCAAUGUAGGUAGGCUCCCGGCUCCAUCCUCAAGGCGCAGAGGGUGGGGCUGGAAGAUGAUACGGAUUUGAAAACAUCUUUUUUUAUACUUUUUAAAAAACUGCUGUGGUUUUGCUGCUACACGAAGAAUUGUGAUUUGCAUUGUACGGUUUCGGACCUACGCUGUUCCCGUUUCGAUGGCGGAGAGGGAUCGCCCUGGAGUCCCGGCACUUCAGACUCAUCUCUGUCCUGCCCAGGAUGCACUUUUAAAUGAAGAGCUAGAAUAUUUUAUUGGCUGAUACACUUUUCUUGUUAUUUUUACAAAGGCCACCUUUAUCCUUUCUAAUGCCAUAUUUUCAGUGUUACACUUUUAUGGCUUUUAAUUUUCGAUUUGACAGAUGUAAGAAGCAGCAUGAAUAGUUUAUACUGUGGUUUUUCAGAGACCGAAUGCCAAGAGAACUCGGUAAAUGUUUAUUCUUCUCAGCUUUCUCUUUAAAUUCCCCUAAAUAGCGCCCCAUUUGGGAACAGAGCAAGAGUGUUGAACUGAAGACCAAAAUGCCCUCCAGGUGUAAAAUAAUCCGAGGGGGGAAUAUUUGCUGGGCGUCACGAAAGACCUGGAUGAAAUUUCAACCCUGAUGGUUUUCGGUGAUCCAGGAAGCCAGUGAAGCAAUCUCUCUAUACGCAGAGCCCUUUCAUGAUAAUUGGAAUGGUAUGGACAAACCAAUGAAAACAAGAGGGAAAGUGAGAAAGAUCGCCCAUGGUUCUGUUUCACUGUUUGCUUUCUCCUGUCAUGGUUAAGAGAAAUGUGCAAUUGGAUCCUCAGUCGGUGGGUGGAGGAUAACAGGGUAGGUUUUCUUGUGUGCACUUGUACCGUUGUAGCUGCGAGUCAGAAGUCCUCUAGAGCAUGUGUACUGGCACUGAGUCGGUGAGACAGUCGUGGAGUAUCCCAUUCUGAUGAGUUCAGGAAAAAAAAAAAAAGAGAAAAAAAAUCCCAAAAAAAGAAAACUAAAAAAAAAAAAAAGAAAAAGAAAAAAAAAUCAAAUCACCUUGUGAUUCAGUGUAUCUGUUUACUAACUCAAAUAAAGCAAUUGUUCCCUCUGGAGGGGCCCAGGUGCCCCUGCCUACGAGGCGGCUGAGCCGGCCGCAGGAGGGGUGCCGGGCGGGUGGGUGGCGAGGCCGAGCCGGGGUCACGCAGGCCUGGAGGCACCAGGGCCCGUGGGUGCGGUGUACAUACUGUAUUUCUAUAUUCUCCUUUGUACAGAGUCACUUCACACGUCAA